UAUUGUUGUUAAGAUUCUACUCGUAUCGGGCUUCCAAUCAGAAACUAUGCUUACGUCCAGCUAAUCAAUAUCAAAACACUGAGGCCAGGCUAGAAGCGGGAACGUGCCUGCAGUAAGGCACACAAGAGACUGGUGCUGUUCAGUUGAACGUUUUGAAUACAAAUCCACAUGGGGGACAUGAAGACAAGUGUAGCAGGGAGUUAAUCUAAUCAUACCAGAGGACCUGGGCUGGAGCAAAUCCUUGAUUACAUUCUGGAUUGGCGACUCAGACUAAUAAGACAGGAGGCCUCGGGCAGAGUGAAGGGACUGUACGAGCCAGACCGUCACAGCAGCACACUGGGAAGGUAAGGAAGGGUGUUACAAUGUUUCAAAGCCAGGGAUGAAGCCGGUUUUCCCUGCACGGGCUGACAGAAGGAUGGUGGCAUCGUACCCCAACAGAUAGCCGUCGUCAUGGGCAACAAGGUGAGUAGUCGACACAGCGUCCAGGCGCCGUCCCGCACCCAGAGCCAGGCCAGUCUGCCACGCCGGCCGGCCAGCUGUGGGAGUCUGUACAGCAGCACCGACAGCCUCCACAGGAAAUGGCUCCGGGCCUCUCGCCGCCGACGCAAGCACUCCACGCUCACCAACGAGUACAGGUUGGCACGGACAUCAUGGCCAGUGCCCCAGCUCGAGGCACUGUUCCUUCCAGAGUACGGAAUAAAGCAGGGCGUAACAGAGCGCGACUUUGACGUGAUCGGCAUCAUUGCUAAAGGAGCGUUCGGAGAGGUCUUAAAAGUCGAAAAGCGCGACUGUAAGAAAGUGUACGCCAUGAAGCUGAUGCCAAAGUCGGAGGUCAUGCGGUACAACGCUGUCCAGCAGGUGAAAGACGAGGCCAGUAUCCAGACCCUUCUUGGACACCACCCGUUUGUGGUACAGGUGUACUACUGUUGGCAGACGCGUAAGGACCUCUUCCUCGUGGCUGACUACAUUCCUCACGGCGACCUCUUCACCAUCUGGACCCUGGAGGCGCCGAUGCAGGAACCCGUCGUUCAGAUCUUCGCGGCGGAGAUCUCCCUGGGUCUGGACUUCCUCCACAGUGCAGGGGUCAUCUACCGCGACCUCAAGAUGGAGAACAUCCUCCUGGACGACAAGCGCCACGUGCGCCUCGGAGACUUCGGGCUGUCCAAGUGGCUGACGCUGGGCAGUUUCACCAGGACCAUCUGCGGCACCAUGCAGUAUAUGGCUCCGGAGAUACUCAAGGGCCAGCCCUACACACACGCCUGUGACUGGUACUCCUUCGGAGUGCUCAUCUAUACCCUGUUGUCAGGUAGGUACCCCGUCGAGGCAGCUCCUGACCACACGGCUAUGGCCGAGCGUGUGGCCGGAUUCUACUUCAACCCCAUCCGAGAACUGUCCUCCCCUGCCAACUGCCUGGUCUCCAAACUCAUGCAGAAGGACCCCAAACAGAGACUUCAGACCCUGGAGAGUCUCGAGGAAGAACUGUUCUUCCAGGAGUUGUCGUUUGAAGACGUCUUGGCCAGGAGGUACGCGCCGAGGCUCAUCGACAAAAACGAGGCGGAGGAUUCCCCCGCCAUGACGAGGAUAGCGGCUGAAAAGAAAAGGCACUCGAAAAAGUAUCAAAUGGACGACCUGAUGUUCCAUGACUUUGAUUGGUCGGAUGUGAAUGAGCUCAUCGAUGGGCUGGCAUUUUCAAAGUGAUGAUUAAAAAGAUCAUCCUGCCACCCCCUCAAUUUAGAAUGGAACAGUCCAUGUGCAGAGCAAGAACAAACAUUUGUAUAUGAAGGUAGAUUGGUAAAUACAUGUAAUUCUCAUUGAAACUUUCUUAUAGCCGCAGGAUAGCUUUCUAUCAAGUGCAAAAGUCCAGAUACAUUUGUAUUACAAAAAUUGGAAGCUUCAUCAUUUUUAUAGCUUUGUAAAAACCAAAGGCCCAAUGGUCAAAACUAUACACUGAGCUUUUGACCGGAUUUUGUUGUUGUUGUUGUUUUCAACAAAGAGCUGUGGAACAAACUUGAAAAAGCAUUAUGCCAGGGGCUAUGCUUUUCUUGAGACCUGCUUUUGAGUUGCCAAAGUUUUUGGUUGGUAGAUUGUUCUCACUUCCCUGGAAGGCUGACAUUGCAUUUGUGUUUACAUUGCUGAGUUGAUAGAGAAACUCUGCUAGUAUUUGUCAUAGAAUUUGGAUUGAGUCUUCAUUCACUGCUGUUAUUUUUUUACUUUUUGAGCCUUAGUCCUCAGUUGUUGCAUUAUAGGUGUGAAGACUACUUAGAUACUAGUGGAAAAGGAUUGCAUGAAUGUCAAAAGAAAGCUAGUGGCUUAUAUCAAGGCUAAUCUGUAAUGUCAAGGGGCAGUUCUACCACUUGGCAAAUCCAGAUUCAAAAGAUUUUGAUUGUGAAGUGUGAAAGUUACAAUAUCUCCUGCAUGCAAACAGAAGUUGUGUGACCUUAAGUAAUAAUCAUGGAGGUCUGUUAAACUGUAGGGUUAGUCUGACUAGUGUUUUUUUUUAGAUCAUGAUGAACAAAAAUGUUUGUCAAAUUGCAAAGCUUUAUUUCAAAUGUCUGAAAUUUUUUUUUAAAGUGAAGUGAAGGUGGAAAGAAAAACAGCAAACACCCCUCUUGCCUGGCAUCAAAUUACGCAUCUUUGUGAAAAAGUAGGAUCUUGUAGCUUUGUUUACGGAAGAGAUUGAAGCAAUACUGGGCUUCCUACCAGGGUUCUCAGUCAUUUGAAUUUUGCAAGUUUGAAAAAAGAAGAUACUAUUGAAGUUGAUGAGCAGGAGAUAAAAACAUUGUAGACACCACUUGUAUCGUUGAGCGCUUGUAAAAAAAAAACUGCCAGUAUUAUAAGAAAUAUUAGAAAACAUUUCUCAAGGCUUUGUCAUGUUGGAAAUAUAUAAGAAAAGUGUGCGCUUAUUGUUGCAUAUGUUGCAUUGGCAACAUUUUAGUAUAUUUUGCAUAGCACAAAUUUUAUUUUGCAUGCUGACGACUCAUUCUUGUGAAUUGGAUUCAUAGUUUAAAGUGCCAUGUUCAUAAUCAAGAGAUAUUGAAAUGUCAUAAGAUAUAUUUGUUUCAGCAGAAUGCAUUAGCUUGUCAGUCAGAUGAUAUUUUUCUCUCAUGUUCAUUUCUUCUCCACUCUCAUAGGUUGCACUUCUCCAAUGUAGUGCUAGGUGGAGCACAUGAAAGGACCAUAAAAUUGUUGUGUGACCAAAUGUGUUACUUUGCUAACUUUUUUUAGGAGAUUUCUGCCAAAUAGUCCUUGCCAAGUACCUGAUGGGUAUUUGAUAAUAUUUGAGAAGAGCUGCUUUAUUGUUGUAUUGUGUAUGUCUCAGUAGAGAUUUAUCUAUAUGUUUAGUUCUAAAGAUGCUGAGCUUUAUAUUGUUGUCAGAUUUUCAUAUAUAUUUUAGCCUCUAGCUCAGGCUAGUUUCUUGUCAUUCCUUGUCAUUGUCAAAUUGAGAACUAGAUUCUUUGAUUUCUUGCAUCUGUAAAUAUAGAAGUUGUUUGCAGAAAGCUUGUACUUCUCAUGACAAUCUUUCACACUGCAUGUUUUGCUCCUUUUUUGAAGUCAAAGCUUGUUAAAUGUUGCACUUUUUAGUAGAAGAAGUGGCAUAACAAACAAUCAUGUACACAUACCAGGAUAUGUUUACUUACCAUUCCAGCUUAGAAUUUCAUCUGGCCAUGUUUUAGGAUUGAUUAUGUUGUGUGCAGGUCGCCAUGAUGUACCCAGAGUGUCAGACCGACAGGUACUCUCCAAGCAGAUGUUGAUGGGGAAAAUCAUGAACUUUUCCUUAUAAUACCUGGUAUGUCGUCUUUUUCUGUCAGCCCACAAUGCCAACACCACACAGAUUUGUGUACUAUUUUACCUUAAACAGAUCACCACAACACCCCCCUGGA